UCAUCAACAACCAGCAAACACAUGGUUACAAACGGGUAACAAAAUAGACAUUCAUUAUAAAAACAGCUUGUAUAACUGGUCAAAGAAAAUUGUAACUAAACUAAAAAUUGAGCAAGUUCUUUGGGUAAGACCAAGCAUUGUAUGAACGCAUUCGUAUCAUGUCGAUUUGUGUAAAGCAGUUGAUAACACGCAAUGUCGUUGUUUGAAGCCCUUGUAGUGUUCGUGGUAUACAACAUUUAAUAUCUUAUCGUACAGAAAAAAAUGAGCACCCUCCGUCCUAUGUAAAAAUAUAUAUGUUUUCUAUCACUAAAAAAUGUAAAAGGCAGAUAUUGGCUGUCGUUGCUAUUUGCGUUUUGUACAUGUCUCUACGAAGAUCUUCUUUCUAUAAACGAAAAAUGCAGUUUAAAGUCCCUCAAACACUUAUCAUCCACGAGAAAGAAAGAUACUUUAGCGGAGUCACAAAUGAAAAACAACAAACAGACAGCCAUACAAUCCUUGUUGAUACAUUGCUAAAUAUCGAAAGAAAAGGUGUGUUCCCUGACGACGAUCCAUGCCCAUAUUUGGGAGUACGAAAGCCGAUGGAAACAAGCCAUUAUUCAAACAACUAUUCUGAAUUUUCAUGCAAGCCACACAGACCAGCUUAUAAAGAUUGCGCCCUUGCGCAGGAAAUAUACGGUUCUGCAGGCGAACUACCCACCCAGCGCUGCGAAGAACCAAAGUUCGAGGACAUAUGCGAGUUUCAAGUGAACGAGACCGCAAGGGAAUACCAACUGGAAUGUGAUUGGUCCAUUUGCAACAAGGAAAAAGUAAGCGUUGGAGAAAUGAGCUCCAUCCACGGCGAAGUGAUGCACUGGCAACUGGCACCAAACAACACGGAGGUAGAGGAAAUCAUCCAUCGCAGUAUUGAAAAUGGUUUUAACUUCAUAUUUUUUAAGUGUGAAGGUCUUUCACAAGUUUUAAUGUUACCGAGGCCAAUCAGAUUAUAUAAAAACGAGAUGAAAAGUCCCAAAAUAAACGUAAAUAUCGUAUUGAUUGAUUCGAUAUCAAGACCGCACUUUUAUCGGUCGAUGCCAAAAACAAUCAAAGCGUUUCGUGAUGUUGUGUACAAUAAGAGUAUACCUGCAACAAUUUUGGAUUUCGAGCAAUUUCAAAGUGUCAGUCAACAUACAAUGGACAACUGUAGACCACUAUACUCCGGUGUGACCUCAGGUGUGUAUGAAGAGUUCAGCAGUGAAUGGCGCAAAUCAGUUAAACCCCUUGGUAUUCAUGUGUUAUUCGGAGAAUACAAGCAUUCUGGAUAUCAAACACUGUUUCAAGAAGAGGGAUGCUGGUAUGAUUACUGGGGACUUAUGCUGACGGACGUAGAACGUUUUCCUACACCAAAGGAUAGUGAGGGAUUCAUCAAGAGAUGGAGCGAGUUACAAGAAAGAUGGAAGAAAUACUACAUAGAUGACUUUGGAAUGACGCAUUUCACAUGCGAAGUGACUAAAAAAUACGGUCGGACGAACGACUUAGAAAAACCGGCACAAGUUUGUUUCAACGGAGAUUUCAUCAGCACAUACUUCCUUAGAUAUCACCUCGACUAUCUCGAAGCCCUGAAAAGACAAGAAGGUUCGCUUCCUUUCCUUCACUAUUUACAUCUCGUCACGGGUCAUACGUCAUCAGGCAAACGCAUUCGCAACGACGACGUGGGUCUGGCAAACUACGUGACGCACCUCGCGAACGAGCCAAACACGCUGACUAUAAUUUUAUCUGAUCACGGGCACACGAGAACAGCAUUCGCCAAAAGUGUGGAGGGUCGCUUCGAACUAUCCAAUCCUUUGAUGUUCAUGAUUCUUCCGGAAAACGUCGCCAAAAUACUCCAAAAUGAUAAGGUUCAUUCGUUGGUCGAGAACCAGCGACGACUAUUUACGACUCUCGAUAUUCAUCUUAUGCUGAUGUCAUUGAAUAAUCCAGUCAAAUAUAGUUCAGACAACUACCGUAUAAAUGGUAUUUUAUCCAUUUUGCCAAGCAACAGAACUUGCGAAAACCUUCCGCUCACCCCCCUGACAAGAUGCAAAUGUGAUGGCUGGGAUCAAAAAGUACAAGACAAUUCUCAGCGCCAUAUGUGGCUGGCGGAGUUCGCCGUGGGAAAGUUAAACAACAUCAUACAAGAUCAGUUUAUGAAAGGUAAAACGUAUGGAGGCUACGGAUCUUGUUUACGACUGAGAGGUCUGGGUACCAAGAAUAACAUCGAAAAACAGAUGGACAACAAGAUAUGGACGACGAUGGAUCUAUUGGUACAAUCAGCGGUACCUGGUUUAGUCGACGUAUUUCAAGUACUAAUAGAAAUACCUCUACUCCCAGAUAAGAAAAAUUCUUCAGCAAAAAUGAUCAGAUUUGAUAGACAUACUUUAUACAACAGAUACCAGCAUUGUGUCGACGAGGCAGUCGAUAUAAGGCUUUGCACAUGCGCAUCAAAACAUUCCGAAGACGUUCCGACCGCGAGAGCAAAACUGCGAGGAAUGGCGACGCGCAACAUGUUCGGUGCAAAAACAGAAAUAAAGAAACUCGAUAAAAACUGCUUGCAGUUGUUGAGUCGCAGGCACAAUUACAGUAUAGCUUACGAGGUAGUGAACUAUUGUGACAAUAGCUACACUUUCAAAGUUGAUGGCACUGCAUUCAACAUGCUACUGACGGCGAAACUACCAUUGAAUAUGACUGUGAUGCCGAGAGCUUUAUAUUUUUUAUUUUCGGCGACAAGAUACGUGGUCAACGAUAGUUUUUUGGACAUCAAAACGACAUACAAAUUGCUUGAAUAAAUUUCAUGCAAUCGGAAAAUGUUCAGUUUAUGUUAUAGUAAAAGACACUUCUCGACUGUGAUGAUUGGUUUACUGUAGUGCUGUUUAUCUGUAAUUGCACGGUAAAAAUGUGUAAGUGAAAGUGUAAUUACACUUUAAAUACUACAAGCUAAUUAACUGAAAAUUUUCAAUUCAAAUAAACAAAUAAUAAGUCCACCAA